AUGUCUGUAUUGACUAAAAUAUUUCUCUUACUAUGGGUGUUGACAUUGCUAUCAAUGCACAAUGUUCUCGCAGCCCAUCUUACUAUUACUAAUGAUCUAGGAGAUAAUUUAGAUUUAACCAUUCAUUGUAAAUCUAAAGACGAUAAUCUCGGAGCUCAUCUUCUUCAUCAUGGUCAAAGUUAUGGUUUCGAAUUUUCAAAUAACUUUUGGGGUACUACAUUAUUCUUCUGUUCCUUUCAAUGGAAAGAUGAAUUUCGUUGGUUUGACAUAUAUAAAGAAAGUAGAGACUAUGGUAUUUGUACUUCUUGCGACUGGUUUAUAAAGAAAUCAGGACCAUGUUUGCAUCGCUUUGAAAUGAAUCCCGAGUGUUCUUCUUGGAAUAAUUAA